AUGUUUGAGAACCCCGAUUCCACUAUCCCGGAAGACUUAAAACCCCCUAGAUACCCAGAAAUAUAUGAUGACAUGGACCCUGAAGCGGGAUCUCAAGCAGAUGAACUUAUCCGACGCCAGCCUUUGUUCUAUCUCUACCGCGUAUUCAAUGGAGGUCUGAACAAAACACAUCUUAGCGCCCUUGCAGAUCCACCGGUACUUACGCGUCAGCACCUAGUGAAACACGCUGGUCGCCAGUGGAUGGGGAAUCUCAUGGCGUUACGAGGUGCACUGAUAAACAUGUGCAAUGCAUGGCCAUCUGUGCCUGGAAAGCCAGCGGGGGACAAGGCAUGUCCUAUUGAAUUUUCACCGGAGGAAGUGACCAAACAAGCUGAAGACGAGCCGAUGUGGUACAAUCUUAAUGAGCUCGUGGCCCACUGGCGUGAUGAGCUAGCGGGCCUGUCAGAGGAAGGAUAG